UUCACUAGUAUUUGACAACGCAUUAAGGUAUUGUUGACCAUAUAAAGCUUGGUUAAUGUUGGCAUUUCUUCUUCUGUUGGCAUUUCCGAGUGGUUCUGCGACAUCUGCGCUUUUCUUUUGCGCCACAACUUUUCCGCUGUCGACCUUUGCGUCGGCGCACCUUCCGAACUGGUAUUCACUUUUGCAACACUUUUUGUUAGUUUGUGAUUGACUCUUAAUUCCGUUUAGUCAUCUCAACUUCCUCAAAAUAAAUUUUAAAACACAAAAAACUGCCCUUAUGCUUAUAAUCAAGCUUCUCAUUAAUUUCCCCCUUUUAUUUUCCCUUUCAAUUAAUUUUUAUUUUCCCAGAAAAGUCAAUUAAUUUUGUUUCCUCCCCCAACUUUUUUUGUUUGCACUUGGCCAAUUUAACGGAAGAGGGAAUAAGGGGGUUGGAAAGAAGUUAACAACAAACCUAAAAAUAUUUUCUUCCAACAGGUUUAUUUUCUUUUCAAACUUGCCUUCGCGCACGCUCUUUUAUACAAAUAUUUUCUUUAAUUUUUUUAUUCUCCUUUCGUUCGUUUGGGCCAAAUAAACUUUUCUUUAUUUUGUCUUUAUUAAAUUAAAUUAUUUUUUUUAUUAAAUGGUAGAAUGUAUAAUACAUAUCAAUAUUCAAUGUCACUCCAAAAUUUGCCCCGAUACCUCUGUGGGUAUGAAAUACAAAACAAUACUUGCCGAUAAUCGACUUGAUUCAACAG